UCUAUGCCAGGCUGGAUGAAGAGAUAAGCAAGCGAGCCACGCAGGGAGGGCGCGGUCAAUGCUGCAGACGUCGAGAACUGACGGAGCGGAGCUUUGCUGAUGGUGAUGCCAAAUUGGGCUGGUAUCGCGAAAUCGAGGAUGGCCCGACUCGACCUGGUCAGAUUGGCGUAGUGGUUGUGCUCAUCCCAGCCCAUCUGGAGGUAGUACAGCCUGAGCACAUGAGACGGGAAGGGUACCAUCAUCUUGCGCGCCAGCCGCUCCUGCCACUGUCAGGCCGGCCGACAAAGAUACAAGUGCAAUGCGUUGCUGCCCGCGCUCCUGCCAACAACGCGACGACGACGCGAGAGGACGGGGACGUACGCAAACAAGCCGACGUGGAAGUCUGCCUGCUAGCACGUCCAGCCGGCCUGUCCGCCUGACUGAUCAUUUGCUUUCGCUUUUUUCUAUUGAUCCCUUACGCUCGACGACGGACUUGACGACAGGCAUCGACAUUGUGGCCUGCCCCAGCCGCGCUGACAUGCCGAAAGAGCUAGACGAGCACGAGGACCUGGCCGGGUUCCUCGCACAGUACGACAGCUUCCUUUUCGAUUGUGACGGUGUCAUCUGGGUUGGCUCGGAGCCAAUAGCCGGCAGUGUGGAUGCGAUCAGGUACUUGCUCAAGCUUGGCAAGCGAGUCAAGUUCAUCACCAACAAUGCAACAGCCAGCAGAAAGACGUAUGUCAAGCGAUUGCAUGACAUCGGUCUCCACGAGAUCCUGCACACUGACGUCUGCUCGAGUGGGACGGCAUCAGUAGAUCAUCUCGCGAGCUUGCUGCCCAGGCUCGACCCAGCCAAACGAGAUAUAUUCCUCAUCUGUCAGGCCGCUCUCGAGGAAGAAUUGCGAGAGGCAGGCAUUACGAACUUUAGGGGAGGCUCUGAUCCCAAAUGGAAUGAGCCGAUGCCUCUCCAGGACUUCUCGUCCAUCAAGCCAGACCCACGCAUCGGGAUUGUGCUGCUUUCGUUUGACAUGCAUUUCAACUACCGCAAGAUCUGCCAGGCGUAUGAUCACUUGGCAAAAAAUGCACACUGCCAACUGGUGCUGACGAAUGACGAUGUCGAGGUCGUCGUCGGUCAGGAUGUUGCCUGCCCGGGCGAGGGCUUGAUGGCGGCUACCCUCCGUCCGGCGACGAAGAAUCCUGUGACGGUUUGCGGAAAGCCCAACAAGACGCUCUGGGACAGCAUCAAUCGAGAGGGCAAGAUGGACAGCAGUAGGACCCUCAUGAUCGGCGACAGCCUGGCGACAGACAUCCAGUUCGCCAAGAACGCGGGUCUCAAGUCCCUGCUCGUCUUUAGCGGCGCGACUUCGCGGGACGCGCUCAGGUCAAGCGAUAUCCGACCUGACUUUGUGGCAGACAGUCUGGCCAUCAUCGCGAGACUCGGCAGGCCAUGAUGACCAUUCACUCGAGCGCGGGCUUGGGAGGCAAGCGACCCAGCAGGAUCGUCUGGCUGCCCUCUGCCAUCUCGACCAGCUCGGCAAGGGCAUAGAGGGCUCUCGACUUGUGCUCCGAAAGAAGCAGCUUAGACGGCUCUGCAGACAGCUUUGCCGUGCCGUGCGGCACAGACAGAUCUGGUGGGAUGGCGAUAUGAUGGUAGAGCUGACAGAGGUUCUUGAUCGUCAGGCCAGGGACGCGCUCUCGCUCGGCUGCAGCAUGAAGCAGCUUGAUCGUGCGUUGUACUGUAGCGGUCGAUGAGUCCUCCGUCUGAUACAUCAUCACAACACCAGUCUG